GUCGCCUCUGCAGUUCUCCCGCGGGUUCCCGAGAGCCUCGCACCGCGCCCCCGGCCUUGGGAGGUUUUUUUUUUUUUUUUUUUUUUGGGUGUGUGUGUGUCAUUACAAGUGUUCUUGGCGCUUAUUUAAGAAAUAACACUCCCUCGAAGAUGUCAUCAUUGCCAAGAAGAGCAAAAGUAAAAGUCCAGACUGUGGAAUGCAGAGAUGAAUUUUCCUCCUUCUCUGAGUUAUCAUCUGCCUCUGAGAAUGAUGACAAGGAAGAUAGUAUUUGGGAGCCCCAAAAGAAAGUCCCCAGAAGUCGUAAGCAGACUGUUCCCAAGGCACCCAAACCAAAGAGGGUGCCACGGGCGAAGAAGAAGACGCUACAGAUCACUGAUGGUUUGGAAGAUGUGACUGUUAAAGAGGAACUGAAUAAUUCUGUGGCUAUUGCUGAUGUUAAUUUGGAAGACAGAAAAAAUGAAUUGGAUCCUGUGCAGACUCGGAAAACAGCAAUGACAAAACGGAAAAAUUCAGCCUCGUCAUCUUCAGCUAAGAGGACCAAGAAGAUGAAAGUUGAUGAAGAAACAAAGUUAGCCAACCACCUACCGGGUGAGAGUAGUAGUGCAGAGACACCAUCCACUAGCACCAUGUGGGAAGGUGCUUGCAAGAAGGAAGAGAAUGAGGAUGACUUUACUUUUAGUCAGCCUCCUUUAAAGAAAAUGAAGACUGAAACAUGCCCUCCGGGGCAGCCUGACAAAUUUUCAGCAAAUGACAACAGCAUCAAAGAGGAGGUGGAAAUGAAUUGGGAUAUCGUACAGGUUUUAUCUGAGAGAACUAACAUUGAUCUUUGGGUUUGUGCCAACAUCAUUCGUCUCUUUAAUGAUGACAAUACAAUCCCCUUCAUUGUACGCUAUAGAAAAGAGCUCAUUAAUAACCUCGACGCUGAUGCCUUGAGAGAAGUUCGACAAGCAUUAGAAGAGCUACGGGCAGUUGCAAAGAAGUCUCAUAGUACAAUCCAGAAAAUUAAGAAGGAAGGGAAGAUGUCUGAAUGUUUGUUAAAUGCCUUACUGAACUGUAAAACUUUUGAAGAACUUGAACAUGUGUCAGCUCCAUAUAAAACUGGGAGCAAAGGCACCAAAGCUCAGAGAGCAAAGCAGUUGGGAUUAGAAGGAGCAGCCAGGACACUGCUUGAGAAUCCAGGGCAACUCAAUCUGCUGUCAUACAUAAAAUGCAAUGUAAAAGGACUUGCAGUGCUUCAAGAUAUUGAAACAGGAGUGCAGCAUAUUUUAGCAGACAUGAUUGCUAAAGACAAAGACACACUUGACUUCAUUCGAAAUUUGUGUCAAAAUAGAUAUAUUUGUAUCCAGUCAUCUCUGGCAAAAGUGUCCUCCAAAAAAGUAAAUGAGAAAGAUGUUGAUAAGUUUCAGCUGUACCAAAAUUUUUCAUGUAACAUAAGAAACAUCCAGCAUCAUCAGAUUCUGGCAAUUAAUCGUGGAGAAAAUCUGAAGAUACUCACGGUCAAGGUCAACAUUCCUGAUGGAAUAAAAAAUGAAUUCUGUAGGUGGUGCAUCCAAAACAGGUGGAGACCACGUGGCUUUGCCAGACCAGAGCUAAUGAAGAUCUUAUAUAAUUCACUGGAUGAUUCCUUUAAGCGCCUUAUUUAUCCUCUCCUCUGUAGAGAGUUCAGAGCUAAGCUAACAUCAGAUGCAGAGAAGGAAUCAGUAAUGAUGUUUGGACGGAACCUUCGCCAGCUUCUUUUAACAAGCCCUGUUCCAGGGCGCACCUUGAUGGGAGUGGAUCCUGGUUACAAACAUGGUUGCAAAUUGGCUAUAAUUUCUCCUACCAGUCAAAUACUUCAUACUGAUGUGGCUUACUUGCAUUGUGGACAAGGAUUCCGAGAGGCAGAGAAAAUAAAGAGGCUUUUGCUGAAUUACAACUGCAGCACAGUAGUGAUUGGAAAUGGAACCGCCUGUCGGGAAACAGAAGCUUAUUUUGCUGAUCUGAUAAUGAAAAAUUACUUUGCACCACUGGAUGUUGUUUACUGUAUUGUUAGUGAAGCUGGAGCAUCGAUCUACAGUGUCAGCCCAGAAGCUAACAAAGAGAUGCCAGGACUGGAUCCUAAUUUGAGAAGUGCAGUUUCUAUAGCAAGGCGUGUACAAGAUCCACUAGCUGAGCUGGUGAAAAUUGAGCCAAAGCACAUUGGAGUUGGGAUGUAUCAGCAUGAUGUAUCCCAGACUUUACUCAAGGCAACACUGGACAGUGUUGUAGAAGAAUGUGUCAGCUUUGUAGGAGUGGACAUCAACAUCUGUUCAGAAGUUUUGUUAAGGCAUAUUGCAGGACUCAAUGCCAACCGAGCAAAAAAUAUUAUUGAAUGGCGAGAGAAAAAUGGGCCCUUUGUUAACCGAGAACAUCUGAAGAAAGUGAAAGGGCUGGGUCCAAAAUCUUUCCAGCAGUGUGCUGGUUUCAUCAGGAUCAACCAGGAUUAUAUUCAGACAUUUUGCAGUCAGCAAACUGAGCAUGCGGGCCAAAUUCAAGGAACUGGUGUGACAACUUCAGCAGGUGUUGAGGUCACAGAUGAGAAGCAGGUCAAGAAGAGGAGCAAGACAGCAGUCAGUGCUGCACUGAAGCCAAAUCCUUUGGAUCAAACUUGUAUUCACCCAGAAUCAUAUGGCAUAGCAAUGAGGUUUUUAUCAUUCAUCAAAGGGACACUGUGUGAGAUUGGAAAGCCUGAAAUGCAGCAAAAAAUAAAUUCAUUCCUUGAAAAGGAAGCAUUAGAAAAAGCUGCAGAAAGGCUACAAACAACAGUUCAUACCUUACAAGUCAUCAUAGAUGGCCUCAGCCAGCCUGAAAGCUUUGACUUUAGAACAGAUUUUGAUAAACCUGACUUUAAGAGAAGCAUAGUCUGCCUAGAAGACCUACAGGUUGGGACAGUUCUUACAGGCAAAGUUGAGAAUGCCACUCUCUUUGGGAUUUUUGUGGAUAUAGGAGUGGGAAGAGCAGGGUUGAUACCCAUUCGAAAUGUAACUGAAGCAAAACUUUCUAAAACAAAGAAGAGGAGAAGUCUUGGAUUGGGCCCUGGAGAAAGAGUGGAAGUUCGAGUACUAAACAUUGACAUCCCCCGAUCUAGAAUUACUCUAGAUCUCAUUCGAGUGCUGUGAGUGUCCCACUGGAGACCAAAUACUGAUAUGUAUCAUUGCUACAGAGUGCCAAGAAUUAGAUCUUUGUAAAUUCUAACUAGCACAUAAUUCACUAAAUAUAAUUAUUUUCCAAAUACUUUCCUUACUUUUAUUUCUGAAUAAAUAGGAAACCAACUG